UCCCUUUAAACAUCCAAGCAGAAGAAAACACACAGCAAAAGAUUUUGGGCUUCAGUGCCGUCGUCCUGUUCCUGCUUCUGUGGAAGUACAUAAGCUCCAGUUCCAUUGAUGAAAGUUCAGCUUCCACAAUCACAAUGCUGUAUGGGACAUUCCUGCUUCUCUCAGUCAGUAUGGCUUCACUGGUGGACCAGAGGAAUGUGAGGAGUAAGAGAGGUCUAUUGGAGCUAGCUAGCAUCAUCAAAUGCACCACAGGCAGGUCUGCAUUCUCCUAUCUCAUGUAUGGCUGCUACUGCGGGCUUGGAGGUAAAGGCUGGCCCAGAGACAGGGCAGACUGGUGUUGCCACAAGCACGACUGCUGCUAUGGGGAUGCUGAAGUCGCAGGCUGCCACACAACGACCGACAAGUAUCAAUGGACUUGUGAAGACAAAGAGGCUGAUUGUGAUUCCCUCAAAGACAGAUGUGAGAAAAUCCUCUGCCGAUGUGACAGAGAAGCAGGCAGGUGCUUAAGAAAAGCCCCAUACAACAGGAAAUAUGCCUAUUGGCCAGACUUUUUGUGUGGCUGUUUAUAUCCUACAUGCAAUAUAUACUAAUUUUGUGUAUUUAUUCUAUGUUUGCUAUCAAAUGAAAAAAA